AUGUUCGCCAGUAUUGUAGUCAUUUUUGUUGUUUCGCGUGUUUGUGCUCAGGAACAUGGCCUGAGCACAGCUCCACCCUACAACUCCCAACAGUUUCCAUUUCUGGAUUUGUUCACGGGCUCUUCAAACUACUAUCCCGAUAUACGAAAAACGUACACCGAUUCCGGCUAUUACACGUCGUGUCCGAAACCAGAUACGCUCGCAUCGUUUGCGAGCAUUCUAUCGAGUGCUGCCAAAAUAAUAUUGUCAGCUGCAAUUAUAAUGUUAGUGAAGUUAUUAGCUGGAAAAUUGUUAUUACUCCCGAUAAUAGUUAUGAUUAUUGCUAAAUUGGGUUUGAAAGCGCUUUUACUGUGGCCGUUGAUAUCGAAAAUGAUUAAAUAUUUUAAAAAGAAAAGAAGAAAGGGAAUGAAAUCGAGAAUUAUAACUGAUUGCUCACAAAGGUUCGCCUGUGCGAUACAGAAGUCUUCGUCGGCGGGAUGGAGUAGUAAUGUCGGUACCGCCGUCGCAUUUUCCCUAAUAGAUGACAUAGAAGAAGAUAGUUCGUUCGCUAAAAGUAUACUCAGCGCAUUAGCAGGCGACAAGGUCGCGGAAUGUAUGUCAAUGGAAUGCAGUACUGGAGUGGAUAUUAGCUGA